AUGCUGGACGGCUUGCACAACGGCCACUCCAAGGAGGAGCUGAAGUCACAGGGCGCGAUCGAUGCUGCACGCGACCCGCACAGCAGAGUCACAGCUGCAGACGCCGAACAGACCAUCCUCGACGAGGCCAAGAAGGGCGGAGCGGCUGCUUUCCAGUUCGAUGCUGAUGCCUCUUCUGCUGAAAAGGCCCGUCAGGUCAAGGCCCGAUUGCCGCCGGAGCUCCAACACAUCCGCCAGCACCAGACCGCCGUUCUCGCUUCCGACCAAGACGACUCCCUAAAGCCCGCCUACGAUAUCCCUACCGCCCCCCUGAGUGCUGCGCUCCCUUCGCCCGCCAAGUCGACAGCAGAACUCACCAAUGGCGCCAGUCCAGAGAAAGAGGAGGAUUGGGCAAAGGUCGGCUGGGCUCCUCGCUUCGGCCAGCUGCCAGACAGCGCCAGCGUCCAAGGAGAAAGCCUGCUCGAUCACCAGACCAUGCUCGAGGGCAAGCUGGACGACAAGUUCUUCGGCGAUUGGUACCACAACACGGGCAUCAUCAUCUUUGCCUGCCUCUCGUCCUGGCUCGUCGCCGUCUUGGGUGGUGGUCUCGGCUGGCUCUUCAUCGUCAUGGCCAUCUGUGGAACCUACUACCGCACCUCGAUCCGCAGAGUCCGUCGCAACUUCCGCGACGACGUCAAUCGUGAAAUGGCAAAGGCCCGCAUCGAGACCGAUGUCGAGUCCCUUGAGUGGAUCAACAGCUUCCUCGUCAAGUUCUGGCCCAUCUACGCUCCCGUCAUCUGCACCACCAUCGUCAGCUCCGUCGACCAAGUCCUCUCAACGAGCACUCCGGCUUUCCUCGACAGCAUGCGCAUGAAGUUUUUCACACUCGGUACCAAGCCUCCUCGCCUCGAGCACGUCAAGACAUACCCCAAGGCCGAGGAUGACAUUGUCCUCAUGGACUGGAAAUUCAGCUUCACCCCUAACGACACUGCCGACCUGACUGCUCGCCAGGUCAAGAACAAGAUCAACCCCAAGGUCGUGCUCGAGGUUCGCAUCGGCAAGGGUAUGGUCAGCAAGGGCAUGGACAUCAUCGUCGAGGACAUGGCUUUCUCUGGUCUUAUGCGCGUCAAGAUGAAGCUGCAGAUUCCCUUCCCUCACAUCGAAAAGGUCGAAAUCUGCUUCCUCGAACGUCCCACCAUCGACUAUGUCUGCAAGCCGCUUGGAGGCGACACUUUCGGCUUCGACAUCAACUUCAUUCCUGGUCUAGAAAGCUUCAUCCAGGAGCAGAUCCACGCAAACCUCGGUCCCAUGAUGUACGAUCCCAAUGUCUUCCCCAUCGAGAUUGCAAAGAUGCUCGCCGGAAACCCUGUGGAUCAGGCUAUCGGUGUGCUGCAAAUCACCUUUCACGGCGCUCAAGGUCUCCGUAACCCCGACAAGUUCUCCGGUACCCCCGACCCAUACUGCACCGUCUCUAUUAACAACCGCGACGUUCUUGGCAAGACAAAGACUGUUUCAGAGAACGCAAACCCGCGCUGGAACGAGACUAUCAAUGUCGUUCUCACCAGUCUCAAGGAUGCGCUUACUCUGCAGGUCUACGAUUACAACGAGUUCCGCAAGGACAAGGAGUUGGGCGCUGCUACUUUCGCCCUCGACCAACUGGAGAGUCAGACCGAGUUUGAGUCUCAGCAACUUGAAGUUAUGGCCAACGGACGCGCUCGUGGUGUCAUCCAAGCCGACAUUCGCUUCUUCCCCGUACUCGAAGGUCAGAAGCUCCCUGAUGGUACUGUCCAACCUGCACCUGAGAGCAACACUGGUAUUGCCAAGUUCACCAUUGAAAGCGCAAAGGAGCUGGAUGGCAGUAAGAGCAUGAUCGGUCAACUCAACCCUUACCCUGUUCUUCUUCUGAAUGGAAAGGAAAUCCACAUCGGCAAGAAGCUCAAGAGAACCAACAACCCCGUCUUUCCCGACGCUACCAAGGAACUUCUCAUCACUGAUCGCAAGAAGGCAAAGCUUGGUCUUGUCAUCAAAGACGACAGAGGGCUAGCUGCUGAUCCCAUCAUUGGUACUUAUCAACUCAAGCUUGACGACAUGCUGGAACUCAUGAACAGAGGCCAAGAGUGGUACAACCUUGCUGGUGUCAAGACGGGUCGUGCCAAAAUGUUGUUGCAGUGGAAGCCUGUUGCUUUGAAGGGUGCUCUUGGUGGCUCUGGCGGUUACGUUACCCCUAUCGGUGUCAUGCGUCUCCACUUCCAGAACGCUCGCGACUUGCGCAACCUUGAGACUCUCGGCAAAUCUGAUCCCUACAUCCGAGUCAUGCUUUCUGGCAUCAUGAAGGGAAGAACAGUCACCUGGAAAAACAACCUCAACCCUGACUUUGACGAAGUCGUUUACGUUCCCGUUCACUCCAUCCGUGAGAAGCUCAGCCUUGAAGUCAUGGACGAGGAGAAGCUCGGCAAAGACAGACUGCUCGGCAUGAUCGAGCUUGCCGUGUCGGACUAUGCUCAUCAAGAUGAAUCUGGAGAAUACCUUGUUGACGACUCCAAGAAGGCUUUGUCACAAGGUCUACGUAUGGGUGCUACUGGCUCAGCCAAGGGCAUUCUCAACUACACUGCAUCUUUCUUCCCCACUUUGAAUGUCAUCGAUCCUGAAGAUGAGGAGACGGAAGACAAGUCGAGUUUGAAUGUCGCCGACCCCAUCGAGGAACUCCUUACUCCCACGACUGGAGUCAGGCCAGAAGGCCGCGCACGCAGUAACACCGCUGGCACGAUCGGCUCUCUCAAAUCGAAUCCUGCAGCUGCUGAGAUGCGACAACAACUUGCUGCCAACGAAAACAAACAGGAUGAUGGUUUGCCUGUCAAGAAGGAGGUCCCCAAGGUCCGCAUCAGCGCCGAAGACCUGUCAAACUAUGAAUCUGGUCUGCUCGUCUUCAAGAUCAUCGAGGGCGAUCUUGCCGCUCCCGGCUCUCAUCUCGAAGUCAUCAUGGACGACAUGCUCUUCGCUUCGUACACCUCGUCCAGGACUCGCUCGAAGCACUACAAGUUCAACGAGACUGGUGAUGCCAUGGUUCGCGAACUCGAUCUCUCCAGGAUCACUCUUCGCCUUGUGGAGGAGGUUGAUGCCAAGGGCGAUGAUGACCACGAUAAACACAUCAAGGCAAAGCUCACCGGACAGACUCUGGAAGUUCUGAAGUCUGCGCUGUACACACCUACCAAGCUCACACUCAAGGACAGCCAUGGACGCGACAGCAGCGUCACCGUCAGUCUGAAGUACUUGCCUGUCAAGAUGAAGCUGGAUCCUUCGGAAAGCAUCAACAACCAAGGCAACCUUCGUGUUGAGGUCCUUGAUGCCGCUGAUCUCCCUGCUGCUGACCGCAAUGGCUACUCCGACCCCUACGCCAAGUUCACACUCAACGGCAAAGAAGUUUUCAAGAGCAAGACCCAGAAGAAGACCCUCCACCCCGCUUGGAACGAGUUCUUCGAAGUGCCUAUCCGCUCCAGAACCGCCGCCAACUUCCAAGUCGAUGUGUACGAUUGGGACUUUGGUGACAAAGCUGACUUCCUCGGCAAAGCUGCCAUUAACCUUGACAUUCUCGAGCCUUUCCGUAGACAGGAAGUCACUCUUGGUCUCGACGGCAAAAGCGGAAGCAUCAGGUUGGGCAUGCUGUUCAAACCAGACUAUGUCACCAGGGCACGACAGGGUUCAUCAACCUUCCACGGCACAUUCGCGGCACCCGGCAAGAUUGUUGGCGCACCUGUCAAGGGUGUUGGUAAAGGCGCGGUCUUUGUCGGUGGCAAUGUCGUCCGUGGGGCCUCCUUCCUUGGUCGUGGAUUCCGUCGCAGAAAGUCGAACGCCGAGCAAGAUGGUGACGACGCACUCACUGAUGAUACACCCAUGCCUGGCAUGAGCACCGGCGCACCGCUUACAGAACAGCAGAGCCCCGAGUACACAGUCAACAUCGAAGGACCAGGAACACCGCACUCGCGCACCCGCAGUUUUGGCAACGCCACUACAUCACCCACCUCCUCAGAGACUGGCACGGCAUCGAUCAGUGUCCUCUCUGCCGCUGGCUUCCCCGCUGGUACCAAGGUCGAGGUCAAGAUCCUUCACGAUGGACCUCAAGGUCUUAAGGAGAUCGUUCGCACAAAGCCUCUCAAGACCAAGGGUGAGGAGGUCUCAUGGGCCGACCUUCGUCUCGAAAAGAAGCUGGCCUGCACCGCGGACUCUUCCUUCCGUGUCGUCGUGUCUGAUCAUCAUACCUUUGGCAACGGCAACGAGCUAGGAGAAGCACAAUUCUUCCUUGACGAUCAAGGUGCUGGUGGCGAGAAGGAAGUCAAAGUCGGCAGCGGUAUUGUGACGGUGAGGAGUAGCUGGAGACCAUCAACUGCCGAUUCGACAUCCAUGCUGGGAAGCAUUAGAGGUAGCCCUGGUGGCGCCAAUCUGGGAGGCAGCAUUGGCAGAAGAAGUUUCAUGGGCAGAAGAGAGAGAAGCGUCACACCGUCUGCACCUGGACAACCUUAG